UAGUCCAAAAUCAAAAUCCAAAAUUUUUCAAAUUUUAGAGUAAAUAAUCUGCCUGAGUUCUUUGUGAAGUAUUUUUGAAGGCAAAAAUGCAGGCUAUCAAGGAAAAGUUUAAUGAUAUGAGCGCCAUGCGCAAGGCCAAAGCUGAAGCUAAGGAGGAGGAAAAAGCAGAGAAGGAGUUGGCAAAGGCAAGAGUAGAAGUAGCACAUGAGGUAAGAUUGGCAAGAGAGGCAGAAGCAGCCAUGGAUCUGCACGUGAACAAAGCUGCAGAGAAGAUUGCACAUGAAGAGGAAAAGCAUGUUCACAACAUUAAUGAAGGAACCUUGGACCCUUAUGCUGCCAGCUUCACCAAUACUAACAAUCCCACUGGAGGAGACCCUUAUGGUCUUGGUGCCAACCAUUCUGGUCAGCUCAAUAAUGCUGGAACAGGACCAACUAACAAUCUUCUUUAGACUGUUUCUCUACUAGUUUAAUUUGAUGCCUCAAGCUCAUUGGUUAUAUAUAUAUAUAUA